AUGUCGUUUCUCGCCACCACACUCGGCACGUUUGCGGUGCACGAGGCCGGGUGGCUGGCAAGCAACCUGCCGUACCUUGUGGCCGCCGAUCGUGGAUGGUGGGAGGCAUACAAGGUGGUGCGAGUGGGCAAGGCGCGCGAGCCUGGAUCGGACGAGCGAUGGGCGCUGUUCUGGACCAUUCUGGGCGAUCACUUUAAGAUGAUGCUGCCACUGCUGGCACUCGCGUACUACCCGCUACUGGCGCACCUCUUCACCGCUGAUGCCAUGCCGUCGUGGCUCGAGGCGCUCGCGGCGUUUGUACUCUUCAACGUUGUCGAGGACACGCUCUUCUACUGGGUUCAUUAUGCGCUCCACGUGCCGCGACUGUACAAGGCCAUCCAUCGCAAGCAUCACGAGCACGUGGUCACGUUUUCGCUCACCGGCGAGGUCUCGCACCCGCUCGAGUUCCUCGCCAACAUCCUUGUUCCGCUCAUGGCCGGCCCUGUCCUUCUUGUCCUUGCCUACCGCAAGGUCCACCUUGUCGAGUUCUGGGUCUGGAUCGUAUUCCGCACUAUGCGCGGCGCCGACGCCCACUCGGGCUACCAGCUCCCGUUCCAUCCGCUCCGCCUUCUCUCACCCAUCUACGGUGGGCCCGCCUACCACGACCACCACCACUCCAUCCGCGGCCGCCAGACCAACUUUGGCGGAUACCGGUUCUGGGACUGGCUGUGCGGUACAUACUCGCCCGGGCCUGCCGCCAAGGCCGCUUAG